UCCACCCGGCAGAGAAGCCCAUGGUGACUCGCGUUAGAUGAUCACCAGUAUCUUUUUGAUUCUCCCAUGUUCCUGUGCUAUACCAAAUAGUAUUAAACGUUGCUGCGAUAGAGUAUUCAUCUUCCGCUUAAAAUUUACGGUGACGUUGUUUACUUCUAGUGCUAUUUUUCAUGUUUUAUAGAAGUAGGAAGGUCGAAAACACCACGAACGCGAGGAAAUACUCGUCAAAGUGCUACACAGAGUACACGCCAUGACGCUACCCUAUCCGAUAUUACUAUCCGUCGGACAUUGUUCCUAUUCAAAUACAAGAUAAGGAGCCGAAUUACUUCCUCCGUAGGAGUUAGAUAUCGGUAAAAGCAAGCACCUGAAGUGCUAGCUGAUUAGUCAAGAAAAGAUUAACAUGCAGCGGGAUUUUUACCAAAGUGAGUAAAGUUGGAACGCGGGUUCUGUGUCUGCAAAAUCUCUGGUAUUAAAUUCGCAAUUACUCUGUUGGUUAACCCUUACACCGCUCGAAAGAUCGGUGAAAGCGAUGAUGACUAUGAUGCCGGUGAACCUGUCCUUACUUCCUGAUGUGUAUGCGAACUGAUAAACCGGGAGCCGCAUAUUGCCCGGAAACACUUAACUAUAUUGGUCGACAGAAAUCGUCAUCACUAUCUGACCUCCAAUUGGCAAAAUUACUGGCGGUUUCAGAUGCUCUGCAAGAGCGAAUUCUCUGCGAGCUCAGUCAGUGGACAUCGGAGUGGGACUGGAAAGGAGCAAAAGUUCUCGAUGUUGGCUCACGAUAUGGACACCGCAGCGAAGAGCUCGGCCGGCAGUUAGCGCCGUUGAAAAUCGACGGAAUACGCGGCGUGGAUACGGAUAUACACGGCAUAGAGUUCGCUACGAAACACUUCGCCGACGAAAAGUUGGAAUUUUCCUAUAUAGCUGACUUUGAAGAUCGUCUCCCGUUGAAAUAUAGUCAAGCAUUUGACUGGGUGCUACAUAUAAACCCAACGUUGUUUCAUCUAAACAAUCAGGAAGCGGCUCUUCGAAAUCUUCUUUGGUGUCUCAAGCCGUCGACGGGACGAUUGCUUUUGGCUAUACCAUGUCAGCUGCCAGCGGACAUUGCUACGACCACGACCAAGAUCAUACUGAAAAAGAUGGGUAAACAGUUAAACCAAUGGGCGACCGAGGCGUUGGAUAUCAACAAAAAGCCUUGGUAUGGUCAUCCUCGGGCCGACAGAAUCUAUGCUCAUAUAAUGGAGAGCGUUGGCUUUCGUGUGCAUCGCACUAAAAUCAUGGACUUCACGUAUAAAUUUGAGAAGAAGAAUGAACACAAAGGAUCGGUGGAGUCAUACUAUUUUGAUGUGAUCAUGUCGUUUCCUGAGGAGCAACGGGAAGCUUUAGCUAGACGGCUACAUUCAAGCGCCACUGGUUCAGGACUCCGUUUAGGUUUGCGUUGGGAUGCCCGUUACGUUCUCAUUCUAGCCUCAAGACCGGCGCUCACCUGCAAUGUUUGUUAUGGCCCUCGCCGCACACAGCAGGAUGAGGUGGCGGGUGAGUGUCAAAAUGCAGGCUUGAAUGAUUUGGAUGCUCCACCUCCGAUACCACUACUCGGACCGCCUCCAGACGUCGAGGAUGAUGUGGGUGAAAUACACGUGGAAGUCCUCCACAAUGACGAUUUGGGCAAUGUUGACGGAAGUGACGCAGAGGAACAAUGCGCCAACGAUGAUGAAGGCGUCGCGCAAAUUCUCAAAGGGAACCUAUUCGUUGACGAUAUUAACCACUAUGAUCGGGUAGCGGACUAUGACAAAGCGGCAGAUGAUAACAAAAAAGGAAAAGAUGACGAUUACAUUGAAACUAGUGUUUAUAAAGGGGACAAAAAUGACAAACUUGCAGAUAGGAUUAAUCAUCAUACGGAAGAAAAAGAUAACAUCUAUAAUCUAAAUAGAACUAACGAAACUAAUGAAACAACACUUACUGAUCUAAAUAAAGCUGACGACGUUCACGGCGAGGGAUCGUCAAUAGAGGAACGCAAAAAUGAAUUUGGUUAAAAAACGAGACCGAGUCGAAAUAUACCACUGAAAGUAAAUCGUUGAAAAAUGAUAGUGACAAUCGGACGCGGUCUUAGGAGCAAAACGAAAGUAAGAUGAACGACAAAGGAGAGAGUACGACCAAUGUCAAGAAGGAGCCACUUAGCGAUGAAAAAAGGUCACCCAAAAAGGAGAUACAUCUGCAAAAGGGCCUGCGGUCGAGAUAAAAUCUAUUCCUGAGGCGUGCAGAAGCAAAGACCAGUUGAAUCGUGUCGCAAUGGAACAGCCACUACGGUAUCCUGUGCUAUUGGAUCUAGCGACUUUCUCAAGGGCUUACACAGAAAAGGGACAAAGGCUUACGAAGACGUCAGUACGGUCUUUAGUCCAGUAAAAGAUUUAUUUGCCAUUUCCCUUAUAUAUCCAAAUACCGUUAUAUAUGUCUAUUAAGAACCAUCGAUAUAUUUUUUUUGGUACGUUUAUGGAAGAAAGCGAAGCACAGCGUUUUUAAUACAAAAUAAGUUAUAUUAAAUGUGGCCAAUGAAAAUUCUUCAGUUGUUCUUAACCCGAACAGCUUGUCAAGUGUAGUGGGCGUUGUGCUACAAAAGAGCUCGAAUCCCAUGAAAAGUACCGCCAGCAUUCCCAGAUAUUUUCCGUAACGUGCGAAUUUUUAUAUACACUUGUUAGGACAAUAUCGACCAAAAUGGAGACAUUGGGUAUGUCCUUUAUAGCUAAAGUAAUAAUAAAAUAUUAUAUUGAUGCUCUGCA